AUGUACGAUUUCCGUCGUAAGAGUAUGCCUAAAAUUCCAAAAAGUUUUGAAGAUUCAAAAGUUCAAAUAUUUGAUAGAUGCGAAAAUAUAUUAAGUAAUACUGGUGAGUUAUUUUGUCAUAUGGAAACAAUGUCAAGUCCGGUAAUGUUUACUUGUGCUACUAAUCUUGAAAUAUUAAGUCAAUGUUCUCAUAUAUUCGCCGAUGGGACGUUUUCACAUUCCCCCAAAUAUUAUGAACAACUUUAUACUAUUCAUAUAUUGCAAAAUGGUUUUUAUAUAGUACCUAUAGUGUUUUGUUUUUUGACUUCAAAAUCAACUCAAACAUAUAUUGAUAUGUGGCUUACAAUUGUAAAAUUGUGUUUGAAAUUGACUGGUAUAAAUAUACAACUAUCAUUGGCUCAAUCAACUUUUCAUUUCGAUUUUGAAAAAAGUGCACAUACCGCUGUUAAAGAAAUUUUCCUGAACUGCAGAAUUAUGGCAUGUAGGUUUCAUUUAAAUCAAAGUUGGUUUAGACAUAUUCAAAAGGAUAAUCAGCUAUUAAAUGAGUAUAAAUCAAGUUCUGUAUUGGGUGUUUGGCUAAAAAAAUUUUUUGCUUUAGGAUUUCUACCAGCCAAUUUAAUAGAAAAUGCUUUUUUACAUUUAAUUGAAAAUGCUCCUACGUCUAAUUUUGGAUUUGCCGAUUAUUUACUUAAAAAUUUACAAUGUCGAUAA